AUGGAGCAGUUUGAGUGUGAUUUCUACCAAACAGACUACAGUUUUGAAGACGGUGCUCAAGGUCUUUCAAAAACUGGGGCAAGUAGCCAGUAUGAUGAGAAUAAUUACAGAAUGACAAAGCAAGAAUAUCUUCAGUCGGGAAUGAUGUCUUCUUCUUUCGAUCAGCCAGGUUAUGAAGAACCAUCAUAUUCUGCAUCAGAAUCACCAUAUGGUCCACCAUAUAUUUUUCAGCCUAGUGGCAACUUUGAAGAUGAACCUCCUUUGUUAGAAGAGCUGGGAAUCAACUUUAAUCACAUUUGGCAGAAAACUUUAACAGUUCUCAACCCAUGGAAGCCAGCAGAUGGCAGCAUAAUGAAUGAAACAGACCUGACAGGACCCUUGAUGUUUUGUUUUGCGCUUGGCUCCACGCUUCUGUUGGCAGGAAAGAUUCAUUUUGGCUACAUGUACACAAUGAGUAUAUUUGGUUGCCUGGGAAUUCAUGCUUUAUUAAACCUGAUGAGUUUCACAGGUGUCUCACACGGAUGUGUUGCCAGUGUCUUGGGUUAUUGCCUUCUGCCUAUGGUAAUACUGUCUUGCUUUGCCAUCAUAUUUUCUCUCCAAGGAAUUGCCGGGACAAUCUUGGCAGCAGCUAUAAUAGUGUGGUGCAGUUUUUCAGCCUCAAAAAUCUUCAUCUCUACGCUGGCAAUGGAAGGACAGCAACUACUUGUAGCCUAUCCCUGUGCACUGUUUUAUGGAUUAUUUGCAUUAUUAACUGUGUUCUGA